AUGUCAAACCCAGAUACUAAACCACCAAUGACUGAAGAAGAACAAAAAUUUUUUGAAAAAUAUGGUAGAUUACCAAAACCAUCAGUUCAACUUUUACAAAAGAAGGAAAAGAAAUAUUUUGAUUCAGCCGAUUGGGCCAAAGGCCAAAGUGAUGCCAAAGAAGUCAAACAACCAUCAGAAAAACCAAUCAAAGAAUAA